AUGGCUACACCAGCUAAUACCAGAAGUUUCCCCAAUCAGGAUGGAAAGCUCAAGAUCAGGAUACCGAAAAAGGCGUGGAAUGCUUUUGAGCCAGAGAUCCACGAGGCAGCCUCCCGCACCGAGAGAUCAGCAACGCGCAGCAGUCCAAGAUCGAAUUCAGACACCGAACAAGAACCUGAUAGCGAGCCACCGCCCAGGUUAGACGCAGCCUUGCCCAGAAACUGCAAAGUCAAGCUCCAGAGCUUCCACUACGGAGGCCCCAAGCGCGUCACUCAAGGGGUUUUCCAGAACGAAGUAAAAUACCAUGCGCCCUGUCUCCAACCUACCUGUACGAACUGCUGGACUCAUCACCAGCAUUUGAUGAGCCGUCCGACACUGCCCGAUGAGCAGAACGUCUUCCAGCCCGCACCGAACCCGCUCAGUCCGCCAAUCGACCCAGGAAUUCUGGACGGCUCGUGGCGCUUCGACCUACCUCUCCAAGAUAGUGCGGAAAGCAACCCUGAGAAUGAGCGAGAGGCAGAGGAGCCGCGCUUCCCCGCGUUCAUGCAGAUGCCUGAUGCUCCCGUUCAGGCCAGGUGCGCCGGCGAGGACGCAGUGGCGCUCUGA